UUCCAGUCAACUUAACAUAUACAACUGCCAAAAGUAAAAUAAUUGUGCAAGGCUGAAUCUGCCAGUGCCUUUUUGUGUUUUUCAAUUUCUUUUGGAAUAAUCAUGGAUUGAAUUAUUUAUUUUUCAGAUCUACUCUUAUCUUUUACAAGAAUUAUUUGUAAGGUAAUUAGGGCAGUAGGGCUCGAAUUUGAGUCUUGCAAGUUGCAUCCUUUCAUGCUUUGAAGUAGAAAGCUCCACUGGUAAAUGCCUGUUGACAUUGCCACUACCCUUAAAUAGACCAACUUGAUCAUCAAGUUGCAUGGCUUUCAGCCUGGGAAAUUUUAAGGCAGUAAAAGCAAUCUUCCAUUCAUCACUGAAUGAGAGGAUGGUCAACAAAAUAAAUUAAUGGUUAAAUUGGUUGGACCUUGUGGUAAUCGCUCCAAAUAAAAAGAAUAAAUAAUGUCAGCAAUAUAUAAUUAAAUAAAUGUAUCAGAAGUUGACCAUAAAGGAUUAAUCCCCUCCCUUUAUCCAUCACUUUGAUGCCUAGCUUUGAAAGAGAACAAAAUGGCAACAACCAUAGCAUUCAGCUUGUGUUCUCUACUAAUGGCUGCACUCUUUGGUUACUCUGCAGCAGUCCAGCUAAAUGACCCUGAUUGGUACUUUUGGCUCCCUCUUUAUGCUUGUGCUUGUGCUGUUAAUCUGGUGAACUGGGCAAUCUCCAAUACAACAGUCAGGCAAAUUGCCAAGGUGACAUUAUGGUUUGCUGCACUCUUGUUUCUGAAGGUUGUAAUAGAAGAUUAUGUAAAUGGAACAGCUGGCUUCUGGUCAUUAGAUCUGAGUGAGAGGGUUGUAAGGGAGAAAAUUGGAAGUGGGUUGGUUCUAAUUUCCAUGAUUUUGCAUUUGGAAGCAUCAUCAGAACCUAAACAUUCCAAGAUGCCAAGAAAGAGAAGGGAGUUCCGAAGAUCUGUUGAAUAUGGGAUGGCAAGCUUGGUGAUCUUCAGUUUAGGACUUCCUUUUGUCUUCUUUGUGAUUCAUGAUGGAGAAAUGAAGUUCGAUCAUAUCUAGGAACAAAACCAUCUGAAAUCCUUUUAAAAUGGGACAUUUCUGAUUUUGCUUGCACACUGUUAAUUUGUUCCACCGGACUCAAUUGCCAACUUCCUCCUCGUAAAGUUUCAAUUUGUAGGGC